AUGGUCGCCGGCUGCAGGAACGACAGAGACAGCGAGGUAAGGCAGCGAGGACGGCCCUGGCUGGGGGGGCGGCGGGGGGUGGGGUGGGGUGGUAAUCACCCCGGAAAAAGUCCCAAACACUACCUGAGGGAAGAGUUAGCUCCAAACUGCGCCGGGACCCGCGACGCUGGGCGAGGCCCUCGGGGCUCAGCGCUGGAGGCUCCGCGGGACCCGACGGGCGCAGCGGGGCUGGGGGCCGCCAGCAGCCCGGAGCCCGGGCGCGGCGCGCUCGGUGCGCCCUGCCCGAAGCACCGGGCCGGUGCUCGCACGAAGACCAUCGGGCACUGCGGGGAACCGGGGCACGGGGAACCGAGCCGCCGGUGGCCUUUUCCCGCCUGCCUCCGGGCCCAUCGGUGUUCGACCAGCGGCAGGGAAAGAAGAGGGGCGGCAGCAGCAGUGCCUGGUGUGGAAACGUCCGCAUCGGGGGCGGAAAGGACACCACGGUUUGAUGGCACAGACAGGACCCCCGUGCCGGGGCCAGCCCUCCGUCGCUGCCUCCAGGGCGGACCGGGGCAGGAUGAACCGGGCUCGGCGCACUGCAGAAGUGCAGACGGCUGUGGUUGCCAGCUCUGGGCGCAAGGUCGUGGCACCGGGCCGGGGAUCGGUGGUGGCUGCCGACAAUCCCGGGAGCCUCAAGGAAUGUCCAUCCGCAGCGAACAUCCUCUCCGUCAGCAGCCGCUUCCCGGGCAAGCCCCGAACUCCCACAAGCAGUCUGCUGCCUCCGGGACGCGCAACGCGCCCGUACCCGGGCUCUCGGCCGCCGCGGCCCGCACCAGUUCCCGCGGCGCCCAGGCCAUGGACGCGGGGCCCCGGUGCCGCUGCCGGCCCGGGGACGGAGGGCGGACGGCGGGAGGGCUGAGCCCGGCCAGGUGCGGUCCGUCGGGGCCCCGCAGCCCCGGGGAUGGGGCGGCCGCAGCACCAUCUGCUGGUGAGGGUCCCGGCGCGGCGGGGGACCGGCACCCACCUGCGGACACCCUCCGCGCCGCGGUCGGGAGGUGCCGGGGCUGCGGGCAGCAGCGCGGCUUCGGCAUCGAGGCGUCAAUCUCGCCGCAGGAGUGGCCGAGCGCCGGGGACCCGCCAGCCGCCUCCGGGGACGCCGGCGGGUCGGGCAGUGUACCUGGGAGGGCACCGGGAGCCAGCGGCUGGCUGGGCAGAGCUCGCUGCUCGGGCCCGCAGCCCACCCUGGCUGCCAGGGCUGGGGGCUGCCCGUGUCACCGCCGAUGCGCUCCGCCGCGGAUCCGCCAGCAUCUCACCAGGUGCGGAGAGAACGCGCGGUGCGGCCCGCCGCGGGGAUGCUCCCGCUCGGGGCGGGUGGGCGAGCUCCUCGGUCCCCUGCGCAGCGUCCCGGUCGGCGGUCCCGGUCGGCGGUCCCGCUCCGCCGGCCCCUCCCGCCGGGGCGCCGCAGGCCGGCUCCCGGUCGCACGUGGCGCGGGCAGCGGCGGCAGCUGGGGCCGGAGCCGGGGCGCCGUGCUGCUGCUCUUCUUCUCGCUGUCGCCGCGGCCGCCGGCCGGGGCCGCCUGGCUGCUGGGGCUGCGGCCCGAGGACACGACGCCGGGCCGGGUGUCUCUGGAGGGCGGCGCGGUGCAGGCGGCGGAGGGCAGCCGCUUCCUCCUGCGCCUCUACUUCCAGCCGCCGCCCGAGGGCAACGGCAGCCGCGGGCCGGCGGGGGAGCGGGAGCCGCGGCUGGUCUUCAUCGAAGAGGCGGCGGCGGGGAGCACGGCGGCGCGGGGCCCGGCGGAGCGGUGCCGGGAGCGCAGCGCCUGGGCCUCGGACGUGGAGGUGGUGGGGCCGCUGCGCUCGGGCGGCGCGGCGGGCUCGGCGCUGGCCGAGGUGCGGGUGCGGGAGCCGCGCAAGGGCGAGGCGGCGGCGGCGCCGGGCGGGCGGCUCUUCUCGCUGUGCGCCUGGGACGGGCGGGCCUGGGCGCACCACGGUGCGGCGGGCGGCUUCUUGCUGCGGGUGCGGCCGGCCGCCCCGCCGCUGGGCACUUGGCUGCUGCCGCUGCCCGAGGCGGGCUGGCUGCGGGCGCUGGGCGCCCUGCUGCUGCUGGGGCUGUCGGCGCUGUUCAGCGGGCUGCGCCUCUCGCUGCUCUCGCUGGACCCGCUGGAGCUCCGCGUCCUGCGCAACAGCGGCUCGGCCGCCGAGCGGGAGCAGGCGCGGCGGGUGCAGGCGGUGCGCGGCGGCGGCGGCACCUACCUGCUGUGCACGCUCCUGCUGGGGCAGGCGGGGGCCAACGCGGCGCUGGCCGGCUGGCUCUGCGCCUCGCUGCCCGGCGGCGGGCCGGCGGCGGCGGCCGGCGGGCCGCGGGGAGCGCCCUGGCUGCCGGUGCUGCUGUGUACCGCCGCCGUCUUCCUGGGCGGCGAGGUGCUGCCCUACUCGGUGUGCUCGCGGCACGGGCUGGCCAUCGCCUCCCGCACGCUCUGCCUCACCCGGCUGCUGAUGCUGGCCGCCUUCCCCCUGUGCUACCCCCUCAGCCGGUUGCUGGACUGGGCGCUGCGGCAGGAGCUCAGCGUCUUCUCUACGCGGGAGCGGCUGCUGGAGACGCUGCGCGCCGCUGGCCCCCACGGCGACCUGGUGCGGGAGGAGUUGGCCAUGGUGCAGGGCGCGCUGGAGCUACGCACCAAGGUGGUGGAGGAUGUGCUGACACCGCUGGCCGACUGCUUCAUGCUCCGGGCCGAUGCUGUGCUGGACUUCGCCACCGUCUCUGAGAUCCUCCGAUCUGGCUACACCCGCAUUCCAGUCUAUGAGGGUGACCGGCGCGACAACAUUGUCGACCUGCUCUUUGUCAAAGACCUGGCCUUUGUCGACCCUGAUGACUGCACUCCCCUGCAGACUGUCACCCGCUUCUACCGCCGGCCGCUCCACUGCGUCUUCAAUGACACGCGCCUCGACACGCUGCUGGAGGAGUUCAAGAAGGGAAAGUCCCACCUGGCCAUCGUGCAGCGGGUGAACAAUGAAGGGGAAGGAGACCCGUUCUACGAGGUGAUGGGCAUCGUCACCCUGGAAGAUGUCAUUGAGGAGAUCAUCAAGUCCGAGAUCCUGGAUGAGACGGAUCUGUACACUGACAAUCGGAAGAAGGAGCGGGUUCCCCACCGGGGACGCAAGCCCCAGGAUUUCUCCAUCUUCAGGCUCUCAGAGAGCGAGAUGAAGGUGAAGAUCUCCCCGCAGCUCCUCUUGGCUACCCAUCGGUUCAUGGCAACAGAAGUGGAGCCUUUCAAGUCCCCCUACCUCUCUGAGAAGAUCCUGCUGCGGCUCUUGAAGCACCCCAAUGUCAUCCAGGAGCUCAAGUACGACCGAAAGAACAAGAAGGCAGCGGAGCAUUACCUCUACCAGCGCAACCGCCCUGUCGACUACUUUGUCCUCAUCCUGCAGGGGAAAGUGCAGGUGGAGGUCGGCAAGGAAGGACUGCGGUUUGAGAAUGGGGCGUUCACCUACUAUGGUGUCCCUGCCAUCAUGGCUGUUGUCUCAUCAGAAAACGAUGUGCGAAAAAUGGGAAGCCUGGCAGGAUCCUCCUUCCUACUGCCUGUCUCAGUGUCCCGUACUUUCGCCUUCAGCAGAGGGGACUCCCUGGCUGGCUCUCCAGUGAACAGGUCACCGUCGCGCUGCAGUGGCCUCAACCGCUCCGAGUCCCCCAACCGGGAGGACUAUGGAGGCAGCAGCACGCAGCUCCACAGCAGCAGCAACAACAUCUACACGCCCGACUACUCCGUGCACAUCCUCUGCGACGUGCAGUUCGUCAAGGUGACCCGGCAGCAGUACCACAACGCGCUGGUGGCCAGCCGCAUGGACAGCUCGCCUCAGUCCCCUGACAUGGAGGCCUUCGACAGGGAUUCCACCAAGGCCUCGACUGCGCGGGGAACCCCACAGACACCCAAGGAGGACCCUGCCACCCUCCUGAAUGAGAGGAACAGCAUCAUGUGCAGCCGCUCUGAGGGGCUGCGCAGUCCCAGCGAGUCAGUGUUCCUGCGCAUGGAGGGCAUCCCCUUCAUCCAGGAGGAGCUGGCUGACAACGAGGAGAACAGCAAGCGGCAGAACAGUGAGUGCUGCGGGACCGUCCUGGAAGCAGAGUCCCCAGGUCGAGAGGCCGGGACCAGCUCAUCGCCGAGCAGCUCUGAGGAGGCACUGGGCAAGAGGCUGCUGAGAUCCCUCAGUGGGCGCAAGCAGCGGACAUCAUCAGAAGGUGAGAAGUCGCCAGAGGAAAGCUCCAAUCUCGCCCCAUUAAUCACCUGAGCAGCAGUGUGGCCAGAGCACAGUGCUGGAGGCCCGUGCAGACUGGAGGUCUGCAGCAUGGGGGUCUCCUGCCGUGAGGCUCGUGUCCAACAGCAGGAGGUCUGCACUCGCUCGCUGCCUGUCCGCCCGCUCGUGCCGCCCCUCCCUGCAGGAUCUGUGCAGAGCCCCAUCCCCAGGAGAGAAAGGAUGUACCCCCGGCAGGGCUGAACCACGCAGGCAGCCUGGACCAGCUAGCUGGAGUCCGAGGGCCCUUGCCCUUGCGAGCCGCUCCCUGGUAGCAUCUGGUCUCAAGGAAGAGGUGGAAAAAGGAAAGGUGAAAAAGUGUCUGUCACGGCAUCCCUGCAAGCAGUGCAGGGAGGGGCAGCCCAGCCCAGAACUGCCCUUUACCAUCAUUUACCAUCCCCAUCCCAGCGGGGCCUGGAGCCCCGUGGUGCCGGUGCUGCAAGACGUGGUCUCCAGCCCGAGGAGAACGUGCUCUUUGGUGGUGCCACGCGCAGCUCAGAGCCCAGCACACGUUUGUGCCGUGCCUGGUGACACGCCCGCUUGCAGCCUCGCUCACGCUGACCAUGGACACGGCCCAGCGCUCCCGAAGCCCUGCCAGGCACAGGACAAGGAGCCCCGCUCACCCCCGAGUGCAGCCCCCUCGCUGGGGAGGGGGCUCUCCAUGCUGCAUCGGACCAUCCUCCUCUCCACACGCCUGCCGCUGUGAGGGAGGCUCGCACCAAGACUUCGGGGUGGGACAGACCAGUCAGUAGUUUUUGUAGAGGCUCAACGCAACGGGGAUAUCAACAUUAAAAGUGAUUUUUCCCUGAGCGAUGCCCUCUCUGUGUCCAUGGGAGAGGGAAAUACUCUAACCAUGCCCGGCAGCAGGCCAGGCUGCCCUCAUACCCAGCGCCAGAGCUGCCUGCAGUAACUGGACUCAGCCUCACUGCAGGGAGCAAGAGAACGGUCAGCAAGUGAUGCCCAAAU